AUGGGGUAUGUGCAUCGGUGGAUUGUUUCGCUUGUCGUGAAGUUUGUGAAUAUUCAGGGCUCUUAUGAAUGGCCGAUUGAGACUCAAGGCUAUAUUGUUGGAGCUACGUUCUUAGCCGAUCUGCGUCUUGUUCCAGGGGGCAUGCUUUCCACUCUACCCAGCGGACUAGCAAUUGACCGAUACAGCAUCAGGCACCUUUUGCUGGUUUCCGUACUUUUACUUUCUUCUGCUAGUGUUCUCAUGCCUUUAUCCGCCGAAUUAAUAGGACCAUAUGGAGCUAUGGCAUUAAGAUUUGUAAUGGGAGUUGGAGAGGGUGUGAUGAUUCCGGGCAUAAAUGGCAUGCUUACUGGAUGGAUUCCAUCGCAUGAGAAGAGCACUGCCGCAUCUUUGUUUACAUCAGGCAAUCAAUUAGCUGGUGAGAGUCAGAAUGAUUAG